UUUUCCCAUUUCAAAGAUGCAGUCGCAGUGGCACUUUGCAUAGGAUCCCCACAAAGGCCGGCACCAGGCUCUCCGGGGCGGAGUCCCGCAGCCAUGGAGGACGCCAGUGGUCUGUCGCCGCUCGUGAAGCUUCAGAUGAUCGGUUUAGAUGGCUCGGAGUUUGAGAUGAACGUGCCGAACUGGAUCACUGCCGGCGACCUUUGCGACCAAAUCUUUGACCAUAUCUCGAUCGCGCCGCAGCACCGACGGAUGGCUUUGCAACAUGGAACGACACUUCUUGACCUGGACCGCAGCCUGAAGGAUCAAGGUCUGCAGGAGAACUCAGCAUUAUCCUAUGUCUUCAUCGCUCCUAGCCUGAAGGAGGCCUUAGAAGCUCUCACAGGAAGCUCUGGUGAUCCCCAUGCUCUCGUGGGACUUACGACACUGCGAGGCGUGGCCCUCGAUCACUUGAAGUUCCUUCCGAAGAGCCUCAAGAGUCUAACCUUUCGAUCUGAUUUCAACUCGGGUCUCGAAACGAGAGUUCCGAGCCUUCAGAGCUUAACUUUUGGAUCUCACUUCAACCAAAGUUUGGCCGGAGUCUCUUUGCCAAGCAAACUGCGGGAUUUGAGCUUUGGUUCAGAUUUCAACCAGACUUUGGUGGGGCUGGACUGGCCAAGUGGCCUUGAACACCUUAGAUUUGGCACAGAAUUAACCAGAAUUUGGCAGGAGUGCAUUGGCCGGCCAGCCUUCGAACUUUGACGUUUGGUGACAAAUUCGACCAACCUUUGACCGGAGUGACUUGGCCCUGCAGCUUGCGCAGUCUGACAUUUGGUCAUGAUUUUAACCAAAGCUUGGCAGGAGUUGUUUGGCCACGCUGCCUUGAGAGUUUGACGCUUGGCGAUGGGUUCAAUCAGAGCUUGAAAAACGUGGUUUUCCCGAGCAGAUUGCUUUCUUUGACGUUUGGAGAUUGCUUCAACCAGAGCUUGUUGGCAACCACUUUGCCACGCAGCCUUCAAAGCUUGGCUUUGGGCUCAGGCGGCCGUUCAGGCUUCAAUCAAAGUUUCGCAGCAGUGGCUGGGCUGAAGAGGCUACAGCGUUUGACGCUUCAGGGUGCUUUGAAAGAGAACGGGGAAGACGUAGCUUUGCCAAGCAACCUUCACAGCCUGAUUCUUGGGUAUCAUUUCAAAAGUUUAUCUGGAAUUAAUUUGCCACGCGGCCUUUUGAGUCUGUUGCUGGGCUUUAACCAGAGUUUGUUGGGAGUUGCAUUGCCGUGCAGCCUUCAAACUUUGACCUUUGGUUGGGCAUUCAACCAGACUCUGGUGGGAACGACUUUGCCAAGCAGCCUUCGGACUCUGACGUUUGGCUAUUGCUUUAACCAGAGCUUGGUGGGAGUGGUUUUCCCUAGCCGCCUUCAGAGUUUGACCUUUGGAUCCCAUUUCAAUCAAAGUUUGGAUGGAGCCGUUUUGCCGAGCAGCUUGCAGCGUUUGACUUUUGGUUUGGAUUUUAAUCAGACUGUGAGUGGAGUGGCUUUGCCCAGCAGCCUGCGUUCUUUGACCUUCGAUUUUGCAUUCAACCAGAGUUUGGCAGAGGUGGCUUGGCCAAGCAGCCUACAGCGUUUGACGCUUGGGAGUCGUUUCAACAAGAGUUUGAAAGACGUCGCCUUACCAAGCAACCUGCAGCGCUUGAGGUUGGGUGACAACUUUAAUCAGACUUUGGCGGGAGUGCUUUUGCCACGGGAUUUGCGUAGCUUGAAGUUUGGUGCAGAAUUCAACCAGAAUUUGAAGGGAUUGGUCUUUCCGAACCUUCAGAGCCUCACGUUUGGUUGGUCCUUUAACCAGAGUUUGCUGGGAAUAGCUUUGCCCAACAGCCUUGAAAGUUUGACCUUUGGCUCCGAAUUCAAUCAGAGUUUGGCCGGAGUGGUCUUGCCCGGCAGCCUUCAGUCUUUGACCUUUGGCGAUGGGUUCAAGCAGAGUUUGGCUGAAGUCGCGUUGCCUAGCAGUUUGAGAUGUGUGCGUUGGGGCGAGCUCUCCUUGAGCACCGUUUAGACAGUGUCAGAGUGGCGAUCAGCUUGCGACGCUUUGACCAGCUCCUGAGAAGCUCUCGAG